AGCUCGCCCCUCUCCCUGCCUCCCUUCCUCAGGCACUCGGGAGCAACAGCCGCUCGAGGAAGGACACGGUCGCUCUGCCGCUCAGUUCUCUCCACUGCAAGUCUCUUUUUACUUUGUGACAGCUGAUACUCGCUGCUUCACAGGAAACUAACACGUUCAGGAGGAAGCAGUAUUAUGGCCGAUGGGAUGUUGUCCCUGUCGUGGAACAAUCACAGCACCACCUUCACCCACACCCUCGCCACCCUCAGGGAAAAGGAGAGGUACACAGAUGUAACCUUAUCCUGUGAGGGAAGGUUCUACCCAGUCCACAAACUUGUCCUUUCAACAUGCAGCGAAUACUUCAUGCGCAUGUUUGAGCUGACGCCCUGCAAGCAUCCCGUGGUGGUGCUGCAGGAUGUCCAGUGCAAGGAGAUGGAGGCUCUACUGAGCUAUAUGUAUGCUGGGGUGGUGAGUGUGGCCCAGAGUGACCUGCCACAGCUCAUCAAGGUUGCUGAGGCACUCCAAAUCAAAGGCUUGGCAGUUCCUGAUGAAAAUCUCUGCAGUAACAUGAAGUUUGGCCAUACAUGGAGCCCCACUGAUGGCAAGAACAGUCCCUUCCCCAAGAAGAUCAAAAGAGAGGAGAAUGGGACCCAGACACACAGAAACUCAGACCCCAAACCAGGAAUCAGCCCCCAGUCUGUCUCACGACCCAGCACUCAAGGAUACAAUGCACUCAGUACGUCUUACAGCAACAUGAUGAAUGCUCACAGGUACUCACCUUACAGCAGGGAAGAUGUCUCCUCUGGCCAAAGAGGGAAUAAGAAGGACCAAAUCGUUGUCCCAAGAGUCACACCAAAGCUGGAACACAAAUCAGAAAACAGAAAUAAUAAGCAGACCAAUUCAAGAUCUUAUCUAAGAACAGAUUACUCUAAGAGCAGCUACAGACCAGACAGAGACCACACAGAUGACCACAGGGAUCUGUCAGAUGAAGGGCACGAUAGGUACUUUGACACAGAUGAUGAAAAUUCUUCUGAAAUGCAGGAAGUUCUGCCGGUCAGUCUUGUGAAGGUUGAAGUAAAGGAUGAGGAAGAUGACGAGCACAUAGAUGUGGACGACACUGGCUAUGACCCCAAGCACGAAUCAAACCAGCCCCUUCCCCUCCUGGUGCCCAAGCGAGAGCCCAUCGAGGACUACCGCUCCAUGUCAUCAGGCUCUGAGAGGCGAAGCCUUCAUUAUUCACCCUGGCAAGCCCUGCGGGAGGCACACUAAGGCUGCUUCAGUGAGGGAUAACGGAAGCUGCCGGUAACUUGUGCAGUCUAACUGAUGAGCCGGUGAGGUGGACGUUAACACUGCAUCGUCAAGAGUGUUAAUGUUCCUGUGGUGUUUGGUAGAGGCAUUGCAGAGGACCACCAUCAUCCAACACAUCCAACAGCUCUUUUCUUUUCCUUUAAAGGACAAAUAAUUGGCUUUAAAAUUUUGUGGUCAGGAUAAGAUUCUAAAUCACUAUGUUUUGGAAGCAUAUCUUUGAAUGGAAUUGGGUUGAAGGUUAGGUUUGAAUACCAUCAGGUUAACCAUGCACUUAUCAGGCUUAUCUUUUGUUGUUACAUCCCAAUCAAAAGUAUGUUCCUUGGCCUCCUUUCUUUCUGGUAUGCAAGCAUGGUUUGCUUUUCAAUUAAUCUUCCCUGCAUGGUUGGUAAAUGUCACAGGUGCCUUCAGCAGGUGUAGUACAAAGCAAUUCAUUGUCAUGUUUGCUUAACAUCAAUUUCAAAACAUGUAGUUUUAGAAAACAAAACUUACAUGAAUUGCCAGUCUUGGACUGACUUUGAAGAAUGUAAGUAUCAAUAACAUGGAACCAAUUCUCCAUGAAGUGACAAAUGCAGAUGUUUUGUAAUUAUUUUAUCCCACCAUAAGCUUGUCAUUAUAAAGUUAUAUUUAAUGAAAAUAAUAAUUUUUAAUGUAUAUUAUUCAAAACUUUAUGUAUAGGGAUAAAAUAGAAUUAAGAGACAUAUACUAAGCUGCACUUUGUAUUGGGACUUAAGUGUCUUUGACCCUAGAGGCUGGCCUUGGUCAGGGGACAUACACCCAGCUGGGAUAUUUGGAUUGCUACAGUGUCACAAUCUCCAGUCCAAAUUUUCCAGGUGCUCUUUUAUUUGCUGCUCUUUAAGGAAUAAUAAACAGGCCAUGUCAUCUUCCUCACCUAAAGCUUGAAGACAGGCCAGGUUUACUGCCAUGCCAAAUAGCCAGAAUGAAAUAGUUAAGCAUAUGAGGUCAAGAGAUAGAUAAGACAGUGAAUAUAGAUAUUGCCUAGUCAUGGAUUUCACUCUUGGUUUUCCCACUGGAAUUCAGUAAACUUAAGGGGCACCAACCAAUCCCAGACAGUGGCAAUGGAUAACACUGCAUCAGAAAUACUGCUGAAUGGCAGUAUUAGUUUUCUUAAAUGCAUUGAAUCUAUGGUGGAAAACUUAUGUAAUCUUAUGUAAAGAAAAUUUCUAACUUUUUUCUUUUUAUCAUGUAUAUCAGGUUGUUUCUCUAAUAUGAAUUGCAUAUCAUUCAGAAAAAAAACAUUGGGAAGAGUGUCAUGUCAGAAUAUGUAUCUGCUGAUUUCUUGGCUUGAGUUAAUGUGUAUUACAUGUAAAUAUAGAGCUGGCAAAAUGUAUAAGAAAACACGUAGGUAUGUUCCAGGAAUGCAGUUGGUAUAUUACUGUAAUGUUAGUCACAAUAGAGACCAAAACAUUGUGAAUAAAAUUCUCUGUUAAAUCCAGAAGCAGUUGAUGAGGCUUAUGAGAGGUACAAGUGGUAUAUACUGCACCACAAACUUUGGUCCUCCAGCUGCUAGAUCUAAGUAGAUUUUCAAAUUAAGAUAUGUAUAUUAGUACUAAAUUGCAACUCAUAAAAUAAGUAUAUUACUCAUCUGACAAUAGAUUCAUUAGGAAGAUUUUUUUUAUAAAAAUUUGAUUCAUUAUUUAAUUUUGUAUAUAUUUUAUUAGGUAAGACCAUCUUUGACAUAUUAAAUAGCAUACCUACACCAAGCUUCUAGACCAUAACCAAACUGUCUUGCUAGGAUGAUGGAAUUACUGUAAUAUAUCUAGGGUUGAAUGGCCAUCAUAUGUCACAGAUUAUUAUUUUGUUAUAGUUACACUUCUGUGUUCUAUGUUUUAACCUUCACUGUUACUGUAUGAGGCAUCCCACAUUAGAGGCUACACUCAGACCAAGUUUUCUAGAGGAGGUAUUGACUCAGACUGGUGUGGUGUGAGCACAUCCUCCAAUGUUGGAUGCCUCAUCACAAAGCAUUCACAAGCUGAAAUGUGCACUAAAUGUUGCUAUUCCCAAUACCUGUUUUAUUAUUGGUGCUGAGUAAGAUAUUUUAUAUAGUUUUAUUAUGCUUUAAGUAAUCUGAUUUUUCUUUCCUUGAGAAAAGUCAGUGUUGGAAACGUCUGAAUUUUUUUCUGUAUGUAGAGAAUAUGAAUUACAUUUAUAAAUUAUUAUA